UCGAAUCCACUUGUGGUAGUUCAUUACCGGCGAUUUGCGAUUUUGUAAUUUUCAAAAAAUUGAAAGUAGAUUUGUGAUGAAUGAAAACUGAAACAUGUUUAAAACAAAACGGGAUGUUGACAGGCAUGUCUCGCACAUACUUAACAGGAUCAGAGAGGAAAAAGAGAGAAAUUCCAGAGGAUACCAGUUUGCAAAACUAUACUACGAUGUUGCUGAUUUUGAGUCAGGGAAAAGGUACUUACAAGCUUUCCUCAGUGUACGUGAGACGGUACCACAGGCACAUAAACUGAUGGGACAGAUUAAUGAAGCACAGAAAAAUAAAAAUAAAGCCCUAGAAUCAUACAAGAGGUCCUUAGAUUUAGAUCCAGAACAAAAAGAUGUUAUACUAAAAGUUUGUGAGUUGUACAGUGACGUCAAUGUGAACGUGAGCACCGAUGUUGCAAAAAUAUGGAUUGAAAGAGGAGAGAAAUUCUUCCCGAACCACCAUAUUGUUUUCAAGUUAAAGGAGAAAGUGGUUGGUAUAGAAGGUGGGGAGGAUAAUGAGGAGCUUGAACAUCUGAUAAGUCAGGAACUGCUGAAGAACCCGAGUGAUGUCAAACUUCAUAUUAAACUUCUGCGACUGUUUAUACAGUCACGUGAAGUUGAUCGGGCGUAUGAACAUGCAAUAACAACAGAGAAAACACUGGCAUUUGUCUCGUCAAUAGACUGGUAUGAAUGUCUAGUUGAUGUCUAUCAGGUAUAUCAAGACCAGCAAGGAGGAGGGGAUGAGACUACACUGUAUGUACACAAACUAGUUGCCAUGGCAUCGCUUACAUUCUUAAGGCUCAAAUCAGAGGACAGGGAUGUGGUUGGAGCGGUCAAAGCUUUACAUUAUUUAGAUGAGGAUUUGCUUGAAGCAAAUACCCUCAGACGUAACAGCACAGAGUGGGAUAGUUUCCUCACUGAGAUGAAGGGACAGUUGUUUUAUCUAAUGGGCUUACUGCUGAUGAAAAGAGCUUUGAAGGGGCAGGUGUCCUGGAAGGAUUCAAAUUCCUUGGCAGCUGUUUGCUUCCUAAUCAGUGACUCAUUACCAGCAAUAGAUCUGAAGUCAAGCUGGUACUGUCAGGCUAAACAAGACUGGAAGAAGUUUUAUGACAGGGUUCACAUGAGUGGCUGUGAUAGGCUCAGUCAGGGGGGUCACAUGAUAUACGCUCUUCAAAGCAAACAAGACGGUCAGUUAACAAGGAAGCUGCAUCAGUUGUGUACACCGCAGGGCAAGACCAGUUUGUAUGGACUGGUGUUUACUGGCGUGGAAUUGGCAAAGAAGAAAGACGACUCAUAUUUUUAUCAGAGUGAUAUAUUUACCAAAACACAACUUGACACGCCCAGCAGAAACAUGCUGCUACAAUAUGAUGGAGUGGCAUAUAGCCUGCACAGUGGAGAUUUGAAUCACAUCGUGUGGCUGGCUCAGCAAUACUACAGCCUCAAGGAUGAUGUACAACCUGAUUAUGAACAUUUGUUUGGCUACCAGCUGUUUCAUGAUAUGAAGUACAGUGUAUUGGACCUGUCUGGUGGUGAUCCGGGAACCAUUUGUCAGAUAGAUGUGCAGGUUUUCCUGUGCGCGUGUGUGAGAUGGGCAGUGUUACAGAACAGGGACCGUAAGCGCAACCUGCACACUAUUGUAGACAAGCCAGCUCUCCUGCCUGCCUGCCUUAGUCCCCCGUCAUGUAACAAACAGCAGUGUGAAUGGUGGACAGCUGUCAAUAACAUGGAGAGAAAAACAGCAAGUGAGAAGAUGUCAAAGCUUUGGGGAGUUAUUAUGCGAGGGUUAGAGACUAUCAGACUGGUUUUACCAAAUGCCCUGUCAUUGCCUCUAGUCGUACACAUAGCAAAAACUUUGGAUGCGAGGGCACAUGAGAUAGAGUCACUAGAUGCGGAGGGUAUAGUCACACCCAAAUUGUCAGCUGUGCAGGGUCGUGCAGCUUUCUACUGGACUGCUGCUUCUGAUAUGCUAGACAGAAAAGAUAGGAACAUCGGUAUUAGAAAACCAAAAGAGCUGUUGUUUCCUGGUGACGAUAUUAUUGAUCCGGCUGUAGUGAAGGAUAUUAGAGAACAAGUGAAAUUUGCCAUGGCAGUCAUUGCAAUGAAACAGGAGAACUACAAAGAGGCGUUGAGUGCUUUUGAAAAUUUGUAUAAGCCUGAGGCUUCCCACUAUACUGGUCUGAUCUAUCGUAAACUUGCUGAGGAUGGGGAUACAAACCAGAACUCUUCAGGAAACAACCAGAACAGUCAGCAGAUAGCGUUGCUCUCCAAGUCAAAGACGGCCAUGUAUCAGGCUCUUGACAGGUUGGAAACAGAACAGAAUGAGGAGUUGAAGGAUUCUGUAAGGAGAGAUUUAGAUGAUGUUGUGUGUAAAUUGAUAUCCCUGGAGUCAGGAGGUGGUCUUGUUGACAGUAUCCUGUCCAACACGAGUCAGCAAUAUGAUACCGCUGGGUCCGGUACAGAUUCUGAUGAGGAACCAAUUAAAAAUCCAAGUCCAAGAACUCCAGUUUUACCACUUCCAUCUCAGAGUCGUGACAGGGCAAAUAUGAGCCCCACCAAAGUUGAAGUUCAACUGAGAGCCCUAGAGAUGGUAAACUCUGCCCUUUCAUCAAGACUGUCAACUCUUGAGGAGACUGUUAAAACCAACGCCAACUACAUGCAUGUCCAGAUGCAACAGCUGAGAGAAGAGAACAAGGCCCUUAAAGAUCAGAUGCAGAUUCUGUCUCUACAAGGACUGUCGGGUAUGUCGAUGAUUCGAGCCUCGGGUACACCUCAACAGCCAUCCAGGAUAAACCCCGUCAAUAUGUCCUUUGGAGGUGCUUCAAUGUACGAUUUCCCUGGUCAGAAUGGACUUCCACCACAUAUGGCGCAGUAUGGUUACUCAGCGGCAAGUCCACGUCCAGGCUCAGCCUAUGGUCAGCCCACAUACGAUGAUGGUUUUAGCCAUGUUGAUGGAGAGUUCUAUGACCCAGACAACGAUAAUGAAUUAUACGGCACUGAUCAGAACCUUAUACAAGAGUGGCCAUUUGGACAUAAAGCUGGUGUUGAGGGUAAAUCAACCAUCACCUACUCGCCCCAACAACAGCAACAGGUGCGAGGAUUGAAUCCUACAAGUGCUGGAAUGUUUGCCAAUGCUCUAAGAGGCCCAUCAAUACAGUAUGGGGCUGGGUAUCCUGCCCUGGUUCAGCAGCCGCCUUCACAAUUACCAGGGCCUGGCUACUUUUCACAAAACAGCCCACAAGUUCAGCCCUCCUCCAUGCCGACACAAGCGGGCAUGAUGCAGGGACAGUUUGGAAUGGCAACAAAACCAGGUACAGUACCGGCAAUGUCUUCAACCAUGCAGCCGGCCAUAUCCCCUGCCAUGCAGCAAAAGCCAGUUCCUGCACAGGUUGCACCUAGUAAACCGGCUGCACCUAUGAUGCCACCAAACGCAGUAAUACCCAGCCAGACAUCAGAAGCCAAGCCUUUACUGAUCCCUGGCUCGGUUGGAAUUCCAGCCGCUACUACUAGUGUAACAGGAAGUACAAAAUCUGGCACACCAAGUAAUGCAUCUGCUGCAACACAAGGCCAAGGUCAAGUUCAGCCUGGUUCUGCUUCUUCAAUUCUGAGCAGUCUGGCUGCCAAACACCAAGAUGGAACCAGUCCAGUAACACCAAAUGUCUCAACUCCACAAAAAACAGUAUUUAAAGGGUUUUCUUUCACAUCAACUCCAAAGAUAACUGAACCAAAGGUAGACGAUAAAGUAAAAGACCAGACUCCAGUAACAACUGCUGCACCCGCCCCCAAGCCAUUUAGUGGAUUUUCUUUGACACCGUCAAAGCCAACCGUUGCAUCUGCAAAAUCACCAGGUAGUGAUGCCACCCAGUCCACAGCAGGAAGUCAAGGGACUGGUUCAGUUUUCACUCUUGGACAGAAUAAAUCACCAUCAUUUGGAAGCUUGGCUGCUCAAGGUCCAACUGCAGCUGCUUUUCAAGCAUCUGGUGACCAGAAAGGAUUUGCUGGUGCUGGUAUGCCAGUAUUUGGCCAGACUCUUCCGAGACGGCACAACAUUUCAACAGGAUCAGAUGACCAUAUUGAUGAAUAUGAACCAAAUGUUGAUUUUAAACCAGUUAUACAGCUACCAGAGCUAAUUGAGGUGAAAACAGGUGAGGAAGAAGAGGAGAAAAUGUUCUGCGAGCGGGCAAAAUUAUUCCGUUUUGACAAAGAUGCCGAACAGUGGAAAGAACGAGGUAUUGGCGACAUGAAGAUUUUAAGACAUAGGGAAACAAAAACUGUUAGGAUUUUGAUGAGACGAGAACAAGUUUUGAAGUUAUGUGCAAACCACAAAUUGACUGAAAGUAUGAAACUUACGCAGAUGAGUUCGUCAGAUCGUGCUUGGGUUUGGAAUGCAACGGACUUUGCUGAAGGUGAAAUGAAACAUGAGAAAUUUGCAGUGAAGUUUAAGACUGUGGAUAUAGCAGACAACUUUAAAAAAGUAUUUGAAAAAUGUCAAGCUGGACUGCCUACAACUGAGAGUGAAGCAACCACAGAUACUACAGCUGGUAAAACUGAGACGAAGACAAAGGACAGUAAAUCUGCGGAAGGAAAAGGUGAUCUGGCUUCUAUGUUCAAGCCAAAAGCAGGGUCUUGGACAUGUAAUGGAUGUUAUGUGAAUAAUGACGGCGAAGUACUCAAAUGUCCCUGUUGUGGGACUCCUAAACCGGGUGUCAAACCAGAGGAUGUUAAGAAAGAAUCUGGCUUUGGUGGGUUUAGCGGCCUAGGCUCAGGGUUUGGAAGUAGAGGUGGUUUUAAGUUUGGAUCUCAGCCAACAGCUGCCAGCAACACAACUAAGUCAGAUUCUGCCACUGUUAAAACAGACACAAAGUCAGAGCAGAGUAAAUCUGCAGAUGGUAAAGGUGACCUGGCAUCCAUGUUCAAGCCAAAAGCAGGGUCCUGGACCUGUGAUGGAUGUUAUGUUAAUAGUGAUGGUGAAGUUCUCAAAUGUCCCUGCUGUGGUACCCUUAAACCAGGUGUCAAGCCAGAAGAUGUUAAACAGGAAUCUGGCUUUGGUGGCUUUGGCGGUUCUGGAUUUGGUGUUGGUGCCCAGACUGGUGGUGGAUUCAAGUUUGGUAGUCAGCCAUCAGAUUCAAGUAGUACAGCAAAGACUGAAUCUGGAUUUAAGUUUGGCACACAGCCAGCAGACACUAAACCUGCAACAGAGUCUGGUUUCAAAUUCGGCACACCCACCACAACCAGUGCAGUUAGUCAGCCACCAUCUGGUUUCACAUUUGGCACUCCAACGACAGUGUCCACUCAGCCAAGUAAUGCUUUCGGAGUAAAGCCAGUAGACUCUACACCUACUGCAACAACUUCAUCUGCUGGAUUUGUGUUUGGUUCAAGCUCCACCAGUCAGGCUUCUACAAGCAGCAUCUUUGGAACACCCGCUACUACAAGCAGCAUCUUUGGAACACCAGCUACUACAAGCAGCAUCUUUGGAACACCAGCUACUACAAGCAGUAUAUUUGGAAAACCAGUUACAACUAGCAGUAUAUUUGGGACACCAGUUACAGCAAGCAGUAUAUUUGGAGGGGAACCAAGCACUGCUGCUGUCAGUAGUUCUCUUUUUGGAGGGAGUAAAGAUUCCCCAGCCACCAGUAGUACCAUAUUUGGAGGGUUUGGAGGGAAACAAGAUACGUCUGUCAGUAGUACAGUAUUUGGAGGGAAUCAGUCCAGCAGUGCUGGUAAAGGUUUUGUUUUUGGUGAAUCCACAACAGAGACACCAGAUUCAACAACUCAGGAUAUUCCAGAAGACAAAACAGAAGUGAAAGAACAGACAACAGGAGCUGGAGAAAGUCUGCUUGCAAAGUUUUUGGCUAGCCCAGAUAGUUGGACUUGCAGUGGUUGUUAUGUGAGCAAUGAAGGUAUAGUCGAAAAGUGUCCAUGUUGUGGUACAGCCCGACCUGAAAACAAAGCUCCAGGUUUUUCUGCCUCUACAUUAGCUACAGCUGUACCUGCUGUGAAAGCAGACGACUCUGCUGCAGGACUUAAACCAGGGACUGCAGCAGCAGACGUAAAACAGAAACAAGAUUCUGGCAGUAAAGCUGGUUUUACAUUUGGUAUGCCUUCAGCAAAUACAGAAAAGAAGCCAGAAGGGUUCCAGUUUGGAUCACCCCAGAAAACACAAACUGAAGGAUUUAAAUUCACCUUUGCUCCUACGUCAGAUGAUGCAAAACCACAGCCAGCUGCUUCUCUUGGAUCUGGUUUCAACUUCUCUAUGAGUAUGACCCCAAUUAAAAAGCAAAGUCCAACUAAACAGACAGCUGGUGCUUCACAGAAUGUUACAGGAGUCAUGUCUCCAAAAUCCCCUGAAAUUACUGAAGAUGGUUUUUAUGUUAACAAAGAGGGUGAUGAUUCACAUAUCCAUUUUGAACCAGUAAUAGAGCUUCCAGACCAUAUUGAAGUAAAAACCGGUGAAGAAGAAGAGGAAAGGAUAUUCUCGCACCGAGCAAAAUUAUUUCGAUUUUUUAACGGUGAGUGGAAGGAGAGAGGGCUUGGGGAUGUUAAAGUUUUGUACCAUUCAGAGACAAACAAGGCUCGCAUUGUUAUGCGUAGAGAACAGAUCUUGAAAUUAUGCUGUAAUCAUUAUAUUUCUCCUGAUCUGAAUUUUAAGACCAUGCCAAACAGCCAAGGACGAGCACUUGUUUGGUAUGCAAUGGACUUUGCUGAAGGAGAACCUAAACCAGAACAGUUUUCUAUUAAAUUCAAAAAUGAGGAAAUAGCAAAGGAAUUUGAAAGUUCUGUCAAGGAAGCUCAGGAAAAGAUAAGCGGGACAAAAGUCUCAAAACCAAAAGAGCAGCAGGAUUCUAAAUCGGCGUCUGCUGUGGUAACUGUUGAAACGAUUGGUGCUGUUGGUGGAGUACCAGAAUCUCAUACUGAUGAGGCAGGUAGUGAUGAAGAUGUUAAAAUUACAAGCGUUGAAGAAGCCACUGAAGAAGAAAUUCGAAAAGCGCGUGAAUUAAUGUUACCUGAUCAUUUCUAUUUAUAUACAAGAAAACCGCCAUGUCCAGGUUGUCUUGGAUGUAAUGAUGAGCUACCAGAUUUUGAAGCUAUCAGAGGUGUUGUUGAUCAGAGUCAUGGUCUAAGUCAAACACAAGAGGAAGGCGAGGUUGAUGAUGAUGAUGAAGAUGAUGAUGAUGAUGACUAUGAAGAUGAGGAUGAUGAUGAUGAUGACGAUGAUUAUGAAGAUGAAGAAACAAAUGGUGAGGAGAAGUCUACAGAAGCAGGAGGAUUUCUUUUUGGAGGCGGAGGCUCUCAGUUCUCAUUUGCAUCACUUGCAGCAGGGGGAGGAGUUAGCUCUUUUAGUACCGAUACCAGUAAACCGUUCCAGUGGCAAGGUGCUGGGAGACAACUGUUUGGAGGUGGAGCAGGAGCAGAUGAUGCAGGAGAGGGAGGCAGUGGGGAUGAGGGGGAUGUUCAGCAGGGAGAGGAACAACACUUUGAACCUGUAGUACCUUUACCUGAGCUUAUAGAUGUGAAAACUGGUGAAGAAGAUGAAACUGUAGAAUUUUCACAUCGAGCCAAACUGUACAGGUUUGAUAAAGAUGCAAACCAGUGGAAGGAGAAAGGCGUCGGAGAAAUGAAAAUUCUUAAACAUAAAGAAACAGGAAAGUACCGACUGUUGUUACGGAGGGAGCAGGUUCACAAGCUUGCCUGUAACCACCUGCUCACCCCAGAUAUCAGUGUUACACCUAUGAACACAUCAGAGACAGCUUGGUGUUGGACUGCACAAGAUUACUCGGAAGGGGAAUGCAAAGUCGAACAACUGGCUGUAAAGUUCAAGACGAUUGAUCUGGCAAAAGAAUUCAAGCAGAAAGUGGAUGAAGUACAGGCAUUGCAACAAGAAGAAUCCUAGUGACUUAGUUUGAAAUUAUUAACAGUGUAGUGAAACUGGUGGAAAAAUUGUUGGAAUGUUAUCCAAUUAAGUGUUUCUAUAGUACACACAAAUUGUUGAAAUUGAAUCCAAUUAAGGAAGUCUAUAGUACAUGCAAAUUGUUGAAACUGAAUCCAGUUAAGAAAGUCUAUAGUACAUGCAAAUUGUUGAAAUUGAAUCCAAUUAAGAGUCUAUAGUACAUGCAAAUUUUGAAAUUGAAUCCAGUUAAGGAAUUCUAUAGUACAGGCAAGUUGUUGAAAUUGAAUCCAAUUAAGGAAGUCUAUAGUACAUGCAAAUUUUUUAAAUUGAAUCCAAUUAAGGAACUCUGUAGUACAUGCAAAUUGUUGUAAUUGAAUCCAGCUAAGUAUUUCUGUAGUACAUGCAAAUUGUUAAAAUUGAGUCUAACUUAAAUUUCUAUUUUACAUGAAAGUCAUCAGUUGAACAUGGAAUACUGUGUUAAAAAAUAUGCAGCUGUUUGAGCCAAGUCUUGGUAUGCAGAUAACACAGUAUGGUGACUAUUUGUUUACUUUUUCCUGUUUUGUAAACAAUUCUUAAAAGGUGGAGACAGAAGUUACAUUUCUGCUAAAGAGAAAUAAUGCUUUUUGUUACACAAAUAAUUGUAAAAUGAAUUUAAAGCUAAUGACUCACAGUUGGGGUAAAAAAAAUAUUCAACAUGAUCAUUUCCACCAAGUUUGGCAUUCUAAGAAUGAAUGUCUGACAGUGAAAAAUGAUAAAGUGAACCGGGUAUUUGUUAAAAGAAAAAUGUAAAUUUUCUAAUUUUAAAAGCGUGGUAGUGGAUUACUCACUUCUGCACAAUAUAUUUGGUAAUUUAUUACAAUAUUUUGCAAAAUUCAUGUGUCUGUAAGUCUGAACCACUUGUCACUUUCACAGCACCCACAUUUUAGCGAUUUUUGAGAGAAAACAUUUUCACCUAAAAAAUGUGAAUGCGACACUGUUAUACUACAUAUUGUGCAAAAUGCUAUACCAUUUUUUUUGCAGGCUAUUUAUAUGAUUUCUUUUGUACCUGUAAAGGCUUUUAAAACAACAUGAUCUAAAUGUUGACUACUUUGCAGUAUUCUAUACUUACCCUGUCUAAAAUAUCUAGUCCUUGGGGAAAUCUGCAAAUCAUAGUAUUUACUGGGGAGGCAGACUCUAAAAGUUCUGUGUUAUGAUUCCCUAAGUUGAUUUGAAUAACAGAAAUCUUUACCAAAUUCAGUAUAAAUUUAAUUUGUAUUUAAAGCAUUUACAGUAGCUGGUUUAGAUUGUUACAAUGUAGACAAUGAGGGACUGCUAAAACAGUGCUAGCGUUUAUGUUAUGUUUGAAAUUUUUGUCAACUGUUUGAAUGAAUCAAUUGUAAAUUUAUAUGAAGGUCUUUCAGUUGAUAUUGAUGUGCUAUUAUUGAAUUGAAACUAUGUUUAAUACAGUGCUGUUUCUUCUCUGAAAUGCUACAACGUAUGUCUGCACAUUUUCCUGAAAAAAUUAACCAUUAUUUAUACAAUAUGUAUUCAUAUUAUUGUUGCAGUGUAAGAAAUUGCUAAGUACUUCUUUAUGUUAAUGCACUGUCUCUUUUUUUGUACUGAAGUGAUGAUAAAUAUUCAGCUCUUUCCAUAGUUAUAGACUUUUACUUACACCCUCUCACCUACUUCUCUAUGUGGCUAUGUGAGUUUCGUGAAGUCUCUCUGGCUGGCUGGCUGGGUGUAGUGAAGUCUUUCUCUGGCAGAGGGUCGUGAAUGACUGAGUGUCAUGAAGUCUGUCUGGCUAGGUGUCGUGAAGUUUCUGUCUGGUUGAAUGUCGUGAAUAGCUGAGAAUCUUGAAGUCUCUGGCUGGCUGAGUGUCAUGAAUGACUGAUAGUAGUGAAGUCUAUAUCUGGCUGAGUGUCGUGAAUAGCUGACUGAAGUGAAGUCUCUGUCUGGCUGAGUGUCGUGAAUGACUGAGUGUAGUGAAGUCUAUGUCUGGCUGAAUGUCGUUAAUGACUGAGUGAAGCGAAGUCUAUGUGACUAUGUCUGGCUGUGUGUUGUGAAUAGCUGAGUGUAGUGAAGUCUAUGUCUGGCUGAGUGUCGUGAAUGACUGUAGUGAAGCGAAGUCUAUGUCUGGCUGUGUGUCGUGAAUGACUGAGUGAAGCGAAGUCUGUCUGGCUGAGUGUCGUGAAUAGCUGAGUGUAGUGAAGUCUAUGUCUGGCUGAGUGUCGUGAAUGACUGAGUGAAGCGAAGUCUAUGUCUGGCUGAGUGUCGUGAAUGACUGAGUGAAGCGAAGUCUAUGUCUGGCUGAGUGUCGUUAAUGACUGAGUGAAGCGAAGUCUAUGUGACUAUGUCUGGCUGUGUGUCGUGAAUAGCUGAGUGUAGUGAAGUCUAUGUCUGGCUGAAUGUCGUUAAUGACUGAGUGAAGCGAAUUCUAUGUCUGGCUGUGUGUCGUGAAUGACUGUAGUGAAGUCUGUAGUAAAGUCUUUGUCUAGCUGAGUGUGGUGAAGUCUGACUGAGUGUUGUGAAGUAAGUCUUAAAGGGGCAAACCUCAGAUUUACGUCAUUGUUUUUGAAUUUUAGAUAUGGCUCAACAUUUGUUACUGGUAACAAAAAUACUAGGGUAUGUAGCAACCACCAAAUUUAGGCCAUAUAUGUUGAAUUUAGAAAGUGCUUUCAUUAUAAUAGUUCAGUGGGUUCAAAACUGUGUUUAUUUAUAAAAACACACUGUAAGAUAUCUAGGAAAGUUAGACAGGAAGUCUGUAAAAUUGUUUGUGAAAGUUAGUCUAGAAAAACUUUUUGUGACCUACAAAAAGGGAUAUAGCAGUACUUGUAUUAUACUCGUGAAAUAUCAAUCUUUUUCAUAUUUCAUUUAAGUUCUUUUUCCUUUAAAAAAAGUGAAAAGUUGACGCAUCUUGAGUCAUGUCCCUUUAAAUAUAUUUGUGCACUAAUGGCACUGUUUAUGUGUCUGUGUUAAUAAAUUCUGUGCUGUUAUCUAUUUCCUGGAUAAAAUAAUCUUUAUUCUCUCUGCUGUUCUUUCAUUUUCUCAGUAUUAAUGUAUAGAAAUAUCUUCUAUUGUCUAGUUAGAUUAUUUUGAAACCAAGUUUUGAUGACAAAAUUCAGUUCAUGAAGUGUACCUUUUUGUCCUAUUCUAAAUGCUGACACCCUUGCCUAAAUGCAGCUAUGUCAUUUUCAUCUUGAUUAAUUAUAUAUUACCUCUGUUUUAAGUACGUUGUUUCUUUUCAAUCUAAAACUUGUGGAAACUUGGAUGAAUAUUCAAUAAAACACAAAGUGGAAGUUAUAA